UAUAGUUGUAGAUGAACGGGUAGAACACGAGCUCAUGUCGGUCCAUGAGAUGAAGUUUGAAGUGGGCGGUCUCUAUGACCAACAAGACGAUGACAAGAUCCCAAUAGACGUCCAAUUCGAUUCAUUCAUCGAACAAAUCACAGGCAAAGAAGGCCAUUUCAACAUCUCAUCAUCUCUCGAGGGAAUCGAAAAUCAGAAGAAUGAGAAGGGGAGAAACGGAAUCCAAAUCACCACCGAAAUAAACAACGAGAAAAACUUGAACGAAGAAAAUAAAAUCUCAGCAGAUGUCAAAUGCGAUGACAGUGGGAUUGGGCUGGAUCUUGAUAAAUCCAGAAUGUCCUCAACAGAGGAGAUGAUGGAUGAAGCAGAUGGCCAGACGAACAGACACGGUAUGAAAGGAAAAACUUUACAGAAGGACUUACAAGAUGGAGGCUCCAUCGAUAAAGCAGAGAUCUAUGGCGAAAAGGAACCUUCAGUAACGAUACAACCAAAACGUCGAUUUUCUGAUCUUGAUGUUCAUUUGAAAAUGAUGGGCGAUAAAGCCUAUCCGUUUUUCCAACCAAAUCCGGAAGAAUAUCCAGAAAUAGAUGGACCAACAAACACAAAAGACAUUGCAGCUGAAUCAGAUCAGUUAGAACUUAAACAUGAGGUACAGACGGAUAACUGUAAUCAGGAAGAAGAGAGUGGACUCUCAUUGAAACAAGAUUCUCAUCUCGAAAGUAAAGAAAACAAUGAUGUUGUUUUAACUCCUGUGUUGGAUGUGGACAUUGAUAAUACUUCGAAAGAACACGAUUUGAAACCCGAUUUAGAAUCUGUAAACGAGAACUCAACAGACAAGGAAGUAAAGAAUAGUGAGCAAGAGGAUAAAGUAUCGAAGACAGAAAAUCCCACAGAGGAGAAAGACGACAAGGAAGAAACUGAAGCAACAGAAAAAGAUCCAGAAGAUGCAGACCUUCUCGAUGAUAUGCUGGAAUAUCUGAAGAAUAAUAGGAAAGGUUCUAGGCGAUCAAUGACUACGGAUAGCGGCUUGGGAGACGAUGAUUACAGGGACAGCUCUCCCGAUUCUGAUUGGGAAAGCCAAGAACAUCGGCGGAAACGGUCACAAGACAAUACAGACCAUCACUCGAAAGCAAAGCCAUCCGUCUUGAGCAAACAAUUGAACAAGAUGAAAAUACCGAAGAUUUUGAUUGAAGAAAGCGAUGAAGUGGAAGAACACGAUUUUGUAUAUCCUGAAGUAGCAACCGAAUCACACACGGAAGUAGAGCCCACCGUAGCGGUUCCUGAAGUUCUAGAUUCACCGAGAUCUCAUACCGAGGAGGUUAACGAGAUGGACAAAGAGAAUAUCGAACCAAUCCAAAAAUCACAACCAGAAAACGUAAUGAGGGUAGAGGUGGAUGUAAACCAAGGCAACAACAACAUCGAGAGCAUUAUAUCCGCAAAUGUAAUUUCAUCUGAAGAAGCACCGUGUUCCAAAGUUGAUUUAAUAGAAGAAAAAGAAACAGAAGUAGAAGAGAAUGAGAAAAGAGAAAUACAGAAGCAAGAUCUUCAUGUUCCUAUUGUUCACGCUGAGCUUGAGUCAGAUAUCGAGACUGCUAGCGAAAUUGGUAAUAUGACCGAACUUUACGAGACAGCAGAUGAUACUGAAUAUGAAAAACGACUCGCUACACAAGUAGAGUCUGAUCUCGGAACCAGCAUGGAAAGUAUUACAAACAAGGACGACGAUGAGAGACUCAGGAUUCUUGGUAGAAGAUAUGAACUGAAUACCAGCAGCAGGGAGAGCAGUAUGCCUGUUAGUGAUUACGAUUUCCAGUGUCGGAAAGAUUCCUUACGAAACGACAGGCGAUCCACUCUCAGAAAGCAGUACAUGAUCGUGGAUUCUGACGAAGACGAUGAUACUCAUAGUCUUCGUCCCGUGCAUGAUGAUGAUUACUUUGCAAGCACAGAAUCCUUGGGAAUAGGUGUAUCCAGAGAGAGUUUGGACAAAACAUUCUCCCAGUUGGAAUUAUUAUGCGGAGAAGUUAUUCCUGAGACAGAUGAAAAUGUUCUUUCAAGAAGUGGUUCCAGAGAUGACGGUUGCGAUCCAACUGAAAACGAUAAUAAGGGUUUUCAGAUGCUUGAUAAAAAUCAACAGAAUCCGAAUAUCUUUACAGAGUGUUCAGAAUCUGCAUAUUCUGAGAGUUUGUCGUCUGAACCUGAGGACAUUGAGGAUAUUCUAUCAAAGAAAGCAAAGGAAAUUCAGCAAGAAAUGGAUACUCUUAGUCUUGCAUGGAGAGAGGAAGAAUCUGUUGAAAACCAGAUGUCAAAUGAUGUAGAAAAGCUUCAGGACACAAAACCAGAAGUCCCUAACCAGAUUAUCCACACAGAGGUUGGUGAUAAAGUACAGAUCAAAUCGAGGAAUCAAAGUUUUGUUAGAGAAUCUGAAAGACCACAAGAAACAACUGAAGAUUCUUUUGCAUCUUCUCCAUUGUCUGAAAAGGCAAAACUGACAGAGUUGAACGAAGAUUCUUCCUUUAAGGCAAAACUAUCUAACAAAGAGGUCUCUUCGACUAGAGAAAAUGUUUUGAAAGAAAGGGAAGGAAAAUUGAAUGCUAUUGAAGAUAUUUCUGAAGAGCAAAUGAAAAUGGCAAUAGAAAAUGAGAAAGACUCUCUUUUUGCUCAAGCUAACAAGACCAAAGAGCAAAUACAAGAAUCGUUAAAUACUUCCAGUACAGAUUCAACCAAACAGGAAAAAAGUACUGUCAAUGAACAAGAACCAGUUGAACAGGUCGAAGAAGGUGUCAUUGCUUCUACAGAUUCAGCCAAACAAGAACAAAGCUCUGUAACUGCACAUAAACCAGGUGAACAGGUUGAGGAAGGCAUCAUUGUUCCUCAGCUUGAAGAGCCAAAGGAAACUAUACCAAAGUUUGUCGACCUACCUAAAGAUGCCAUCCCUCAACAGCCAUCUGAUGAGUUUAAUAUACUGGCAGACGUAGACACAGACGAAAUGAAGUACCGAACUCCAAUGGACGAUUUCCUGAUGUCCACCAGCAAAGUCUCCAGCAAAAGGAAGCAGACGAGACCUAUUAUUUUGUCUGCGUCAUCUGACGUCACAAUCAAAGAAGGCCAAUGUCUGGUACUGGAAUGGGAAAUCACAGGAAACCCCGAACCAAAGGUUGAAUUGUAUAAGGAUGGCGCCCUGCCCCGCUUCUGUAAUGGGGACGGUCUAUUCCACGACUCGGACUUUGUUACGUUGGAGGUGCUCCACAGCUCACCCAGUGACACUGGCUGCUACGAGCUCCACCUUACCAACGAAUUAGGAACUGACGUCAGCUUAAUCAACGUCAUCGUGACGGAGAACUCUCGUGAGGGAUCUUUGGUCUGGGAGAAGCCUCUCGAGAGGGCAAAUUCUCCACCAACGUUUACGGUGACUCCGGGUGACGUCAAAAUUAUCGAUGGACAAACUAUUGUUCUAAAAGCCAGUGUUGAUGGUUAUCCUAAGCCUUCCAUUCAGUGGCUAAAAGAUGACGACGAUCUUCAGGAAAGUGCCCACUGUGACGUCAUAGAGGAAGCCACCUACAGUUGCCUUGUUAUCCCUAAUCCUACACAGGAACAUGUCGGUCAAUACAUCUGUAGGGCGGUCAAUACGGAGGGAGUGUGUGAGACAGUAUUUGCGGUCACCAUGGACAUGGGUGAUGAAAUGAAUAACAUGAAGCCAUUGGAACUAGUAGAGCCAUCACACGUAAAACCGAUAUUUGAAAAUCUGUCAGAGGGUACAUUGAAGUUCUCCCCCAAAGUCAGGCUGGAGAUUACGGAAUCCGAGGAUUCCUUCUGCAAAAAGUUUGAAGUAUGUUCCAAAGUCAUUGACGCUUUAAACGACGUCAUCCUGGAAAAAGGUGACGUGGUGGACGUCUUGGACAGAACCAAGGGCUCCCAUUGGCUGGUCAGGAAAGAACACGCGAAAGACGAGGUGUGCUAUGCUAGUCCAGAGAAUUUAAAACCAUGUUUAGGAAAAGAGAGAACAGACCCUAAAGAACUGGAGAGCAAUGUCUGCAUUGAAAAAGUGGAAGAAAAGAAAAGGAAGCUGGUACAGGACCUGCUGGACAGUGAGACUGACUAUGUGUGUGAUCUCAGGGACCUGAUAGAGAACUACUUCGAUGUCGCCGACGACGAGUUCCCCGACAAAAGCAAAGGAAAAGACAUCUUUAGGAAUGUGGAAGCACUCUAUCAGUUCCAUCAUAAAAAAUUGCUGCCAGAAUUGAUUGCUGCAAAAAAUGAACCCGAAAAAGUGGCAUAUGUAUUCCUUAAAAAGAGGGAAAGCUUCUCUGAGUAUCUACCAUACCUUGCUGGUAAAAAUAAAGCUGGUGAAAGCUUGGAGUCUAAGGAACUGAAAAAAUUCCUACAGGACUAUAGUAAGAGCAUUGGGGAUGAAAGUGACACUCUCCAGGAACUGUUGGAUAGACCAGUGGAAAGAAUCCAUGAAUACAUGGAUCUCUUAAAGAACUUGAUCAAGUUCACUAAGGCUGGGGGUGGGGACUGUGUGGAGCUGUUGAAGGCAGUCAGUAUGCUGAGUGACAUCUGUCGAGAGGUGGAGAACAUCAUGUUACUGGACAAUAUGGAGGGCUGGGAGAACCCAGAGCCUGCUCACUGUGUCAUAUCACACGAGACAGCUACAGUAUGGAGUGGGGAGGCAGAAGUGGGAGAGGAUUGUCAUAUCUUCCUGUUCCCUGAGAAGAUGGUCAUAGCUCGCAGCACAGAGGGGAAGGACACUGCACCAGGGGGCGUGGUCCGCCUCAAGUUUGAUCAAGAGAUCCAGUUGCGGACCGUUGCUCUGUGCGAGGAUGACUCGGGGAGGAGUCUGGCAUUGUGGGAUGCGUCGCUAGAAGACGAGGAAUCUCCAGCUUCAUUUUUGACAUUGGAAACAAGUUCUCCGUUCUCAAAACAAACACUUGUGAGAGACAUACAGGAGGCUCAGGAGAAACUAGGAGUUAAUGUAGAAAAACCUUCCAAGAUGCCAGAACACAGAAAAAUCGCAACCAAGACCCCCAAAGUCAAAUCUUCAGCUGUGAAAAGGGCGGAGACUGCAGACAAUGUCUCACUGGCUAGCUCUGACGAUUUCAAGAUCAUAGACACCAGUCAUGAUAUACAACCAGAAUUUGAAGAUGGAACAACUAGACCAAUCUUCAGGAAAAAACUUAAGAAAACAGUUGUAUCAGAGAACUCUACGGCCAGACUGGAGUGUGUUGUUGUCGGUAUACCACAACCCAAGGUGUUAUGGCUGAAGAACAACCGACCACUAAAGAGCACAGACAUGUGUCGAGUUCUCUCAGAGGGGAACGUCCACGUCCUGGAAUUCCCCAAAACCAAGAAAGAGGACACUGGACUCUACACAGCUAGAGCCAUGAACGUCAAUGGAUCUACCAUAAGCUCUGCCGAGCUACUCGUCGGAAAUGCCCAGCCUUCCAGUUUGAAGAAAUACAAGGAAGGUUUGGCUGAGGAGGAGUUCCAGACUCCGGCCUACUUCUUCCAGAUGAACAGUUGUCAGGUGGAGGAAGGAAGACUGGCUCGUUUCGACUGCCGCGUGGUGGCUCACCCCAAACCAGAAAUCACCUGGAUGAAGGAUGGUAAGGUGGUACAAUCUGGUGAUCGAUACAAACUCCUGAACUAUAACAAUGAGAUUUACUCCCUGCUGGUACAAAAUGUGGAGAUGGGGGACACAGGUCGCUACACCUGCUGGGCUCACAACAAGUAUGGGGAGGCCAUGACAGAGGCUUACCUCAAUGUCAUAGCUCUUGAAGAACAACUAGAAGAUGCAGAUAUUGCUCCGAAGUUUUUGACAAAGUUUUACGACCAGACAAUCACAGAAGGUUUGCCAACCACUUUCCAGUGUAUGAUAGCAGGAAAACCAAUGCCAGUUGUCAGGUGGUUGUUGAAUGACCUGGAGAUCAAAUCCUCAGACAAUGUACAGAUCCAGCAGCAGGAGAACAUCUGUAGUCUGUCCAUCAGGAAGUCACUGACCAAGGACGCCGGGACCUACUCCUGUCAUCUGAAGAACUCCCUAGGGGAGGCAGUGUGUAGUGCAGGGCUGACGAUGCUAGAUCAGAGCAUCAAAGGGGUCCCCAUGCUGCCCAAGUUCUUAAAGAGAAUAGAUGAUGUCACAUCAACAGCUGGGGGGCAGAUGGUGUAUGAGGUGGUGGCAGUAGGUGAACCAAAACCUAAAGUCUCCUGGCUGUACAACCACAAACCAAUAUCUGAAACUCACAGAAGGUUUCAGAUGAGCCAGGAAGCAGACACCUACAAACUGACCUUGAAUGACCUUCGACAGGAGGAUGAGGGCAAAAUCACAUGUAAGGCCGUGAACUCUGAGGGUGAGGUGUACUGCAGCAGUAAACUGACUGUCAAACGUGCUCCAAUGGAAUUCAAAGAGGAUCAACCAAGUUUCAGGCAAAAAGAUUUUGAUGCCAAAUAUGGCUGUGCCCCCACCUUUAUUAAGAGAAUGGAAAACAUUUAUGCAGCGGAUGGAAAAUCUAAAUCUGCCAAGUUUGAGUGUAAAGUUAUGGGCAUACCAGAACCCAAUGUCACAUGGUAUAAGGAUAACAAACCCCUGACUCCUGGCUCUCACUACUGGAUAAAUCGAGACGGGGGUAACUGUACGCUGACAAUACGAGAUGUGAUGGAUUCGGAUACUGGACAGUAUACAUGUAAAAUCAAUAAUCCGGCUGGAGAAACCAGCUGUACUGCAUCACUGGAACUACCAAGUACAAAGAUGAAGAAGGACUCAUCAGUGGAUGGAGAGUACUCUCCCUUUGCCAGACGUUUCUCUCGAGAUUCCACCAAGUCAGAUCAUGAAGCUGUUCCAACUCUGCCUUAUGACAAACCAUCGCUGACAGACAUCCGAGAAGAAUCAGUCAGGUUGUCAUGGUUACCAGCAUACACAUCCACUCUGCCACCAGAGGGCAAAAAUGUUAAAUACAUCAUCGAGGCUCGUGAAUUGCCAGGGUUUGACUGGCACAAGGUGGCCACAGGUAUCCACGGAAACACUCACAUGGUGAAAAAUUUACGGCCCAACACAGAGUAUGCCUUCAGAGUUCAUGCUGAAAAUCAGUUUGGAACCAGUGACUCCACACAACCUGUAAUGUUGUCAAGACCCAAACCAGUGGAGGAAGAAAUAGCUGAGAAAUUCCAUGUGAAACCACAUGAAUCGAGAGUGCCACCAAAGUUGCCCUCCUCUAAGCCUUUUGUGACAGAAAUGGGCCAGGAAACCGUUCGGCUUGCCUGGAAACCAGCAGUGGCUCCAGUGGCUGCCAAGAAGGUGGCUCCAAUUUCCUACCGCCUGGAGGCCCAGGAGUUACCGGCCAAGGACUGGAUCCCUGUAGCACAUCGCAUCAGGGACACCAGCUACUACCUCCCAGAGCUCAAGUCUGACCGUGACUACAACAUCCGCGUCCGGGCAGAAAACAAGUACGGACAGAGUGAAUCUUCUGAACCACUUUGGAUCCCAAGAGCUACUCAUUUCCCUGGUGUUCCAGUCAGCAGACCUACCAUUGUUGACAUGGAAUCAGAUUCGGUCCGAGUGGCCUGGCAGAAGGUAGAUAUCCCAUCAUUCUCAGCAUCAGACGAGCCUCUUCUGUACAUGUUAGAGAUGCAGGAACCACCAAAACACGACUGGCGACCGAUUGCUAGGGACAUCCCUGACCUUAACUACACAGUGAGGGGACUGACUCCCGGACAGGACUACAGGUUUAGGGUUAAGACAAGGCCCAUGGGUGGAGCUUAUGGUGAACCAUCCCCCUCAACUUCUCUAUACAGAACUUUAGCUACAACCAGAAUCCCCAUAGACAGACUGGAACUAGAAGACACAGAGCCAGACUUUGAGGGGGUCCGCUUAGCCUGGAACCGCGUGGAGAUACCACCAUACCACAGUGAUGAGGAACCACUGCUGUACAUGGUGGAGAUGAAUGAGCCACCACUAGACGAGUGGCGACCUGUGGUGUCUGGUCUACCCACCACGAGGUACCGCGUAACUGACCUCCUCCCAGACAGAGACUACCGCUUCAGAGUAAGGGCCAUAACUCCCUACGGAGUGACGCCACCCUCGUAUGCUCUGCCUGUCUCCUACAGGAGACCAGUGUCAGUCCCCAGCAGAGGACUGCCAGACAUGCCCAGACUUCAGUAUGAUGAGUCAGAUGCCCUGAAGCUCACCUGGAAACCACCAGUGGUUGACACUAAGCGGCCCCUAAGAUACCAGAUCCAGAUGCAGGCCCCUCAGAGUCUGGACUGGCGGCCCCUAGCCUCUGGAAUCACAGACACCAGUUACAGGAUCCGGGGUCUGGGACCCAGCAGGGACUACACAUUUAGAAUUAUCCCAGAGACAAGCCUGGGACCAUUACAACCUCUGCCUCCUGUGUCUCUCACAGCACUCCCAGCCCCCAGAUCUGUUCUACCCAGAAUGCCAGAUAUUUUUGACCUUGAGCCUGACUCUUUGAGAUUGUCCUGGCAACGACCUUACAUUGACUCUACGUUGCCAAUAUCAUACAGAAUUGACGUGCAGGAACCACCUUCUCGUGAGUGGAGACCAAUCGCUACGGGAGUUCCCGACACUCAGUAUCAUGUGACAGGCUUAAGACCAAAUAAGGACUAUCUGUUUAGGGUCACACCUAGAACACCAACGUAUGACAUGGAACCACUUCCUUAUGUGACUCUUACUUCACUGCCAGUACGACCAAGGCUGUUCUCACAGGAGCCCAGAGUAGUAGAGAGAGGCAAAGACUCAGUUCAGUUGACCUGGAGACCUGCUGAGUUACCUUAUUUUGCUCGUCACAAACAACCAAUCCGGUACGCAAUAGAGAUGAGAACUCUACCUAGUGCUAACUGGGAGCCAGUCGCCAGGAACGUACAAGACACUACCUACCUGGUGAAGGGUUUACGACCAGAGAAGGAGUACCAGUUCCGCAUCAAAGCACACACAGAUUUCGGAAGCAGUGAACCUUCACUUCCUGCAACAAUCUACAGGAAACCAGUACCAGUCUUCCCGCGGUAUGAGCCAAUCCUGACCAACCUUAACCCUGACUCCGUGGUCCUCUCCUGGCAGCCAGCCACUCUACCUGGAAACAUCAGUCACAUGCCCAUGGUCACCUACCGCAUCGAGAUCCAGGACCCCCCAGAACGAGGUCACUGGAGGACCUACGUGUCCAACGUCCCCAAGACAAGCUACCACGUGACCAAUCUACGACCAGACAGGGACUACUUGUUCAGGAUCAGGGCCGAGGCCGAUAACAUCAUGACAGAACCAUGCAUGCCCGUCUAUCUGCCAAGAAGAGCCAGUCCACCAAGAAUGCCACAGGAACAACCCUAUGUGUUUGAGCUGCAGCCAAACUCACUGAAGUUACAAUGGAGAUCUGUAGAGCUGCCAUCACGCAUCACGGACUACUCACCAGUCACAUAUCGCCUGGAGGUCCAGGAACUGCCUCGCUCUGAUUGGAUGACUCUGGCCAAGGGAAUCCCACACACGGAUUUCCACGUCACCCACCUGAAUCCAGACAAGGAUUACAGAUUCAGGGUACGGGCAGAAAAUGACAUGGGCAUCAGUGAUCCCACACCAGAAGUCUGUGUCAGGAAACGAGCUGUGGCUCCAUCAAUGCCCCAAGAAGAAUCAUUAAUUUAUGACAUCGGUCCAUCUGGCUCAUUCUGGUUGUCAUGGAGACCAGCCGAUGUGCCUCUGUACCUGGCUGACAGCAGUCCCGUCACGUACACGAUCUACGUCCAGGAGCCCCCCAGCACCACCUGGAGACCACUGGUCAAGAGGAUACCACACCCAUUCUACCACAUCACCAACCUGAGAAAUGACAAAGACUACAGCUUCAGAGUACAGGCAGAGAAUGAGUUUGGCCUCAGUAGACCCACCCUGCCAAUCAAAAUGCUGGGAAUUAAAAGUUGGACAUCUCCUGUUGACAUCCCCGAGAUCACAGACAUAGAUGAUACAAGUCACUCCCUCCGUCUGAAGUGGAGGCCCAGGUCUGUGUCACCGUUCAGUAAGGGUCCCAUCACCUACCAGAUAGAACGCUGGGAGCCCGGACAGAGGAACUGGACCCGCCUGGCCACUGGAAUCAGGGACACCACCUACCAGGUGAAAGGCUUACCGUUCGACCAAGAUCACUUGUUCAGGAUUAGAGCUGAGGCAGAGAAGGUGUUGAGUGAACCAACCUACCCUAUCUCAUUCAACAGGUUUAGAUUGCCCUCUCGUUUCCCAGUGCCUCGUCCUCAGCUAUAUGACGUAGAACCUGAUGCUGUGAGGCUGUCAUGGCUACCACUGCCUAAAGGAAAUGUGGAGGACCCCAUCAUCUUACCUCGGCGUUAUCGUCUGGAGCUGCGUGAGCUUCCAUCUCACGACUGGCGACCAGUGGCCCAUGACAUAGCAGACACCAGUUACAGGGUCACAGGGCUCAAACCCAGGCAGGACUACGAGUUCAGAGUGAGAGGCGUGUCAGAGGAGGGCCCAGGAAGUUACACCAAACCUAUAGCUCUCUACAGGAGGCCAGUGUUACCCAGCACUCCAAUUGGCACACCCAAAUUAGUGGCUGUAAAGGAAGACUAUGUAGACCUCAGAUGGACAUUGGUUGAUGUGCCAGCUCACAGUUAUGAUGAAGAACCACUGGCCUUCCUGAUUGAGGCCCAGACACCACCGAGAUACGACUGGAAACCAGUGGCCCGCAAUGUCAGAGGAACCUCCUACCGCAUCUCCAACCUACAGAGACACCAGGAUUAUCUGUUCCGUGUCCGUGCCGAGUACCCCUCCGGACUGUCCUCACCCUCACCCCACAUCCCAGUCUAUCGCAAACCAAUUCGCCCUGGAAUCCCCAUUGCACGACCUGAAAUCUGGGAAGAGGAACCUCACCAGGCUCGCCUUCGCUGGCGCCACGUUUAUAUCCCCCCGUACGAGAACUUGGACGUCCCACUGAAAUACCAGAUAGAAGUCCAGGAGCCCCCACUCAAGAACUGGCGUACCUUGGUCAAGGGACUGAGCAUGACCGAGCACACAAUCACUGAUCUCGCUCCAAGGAAGGAUUACUUGUUCCGCAUUAGAGCAGAGACCCCCAAUGGUGAUGUGACAGAGCCCACCCCUCCCAUCGCUUACUACAGAUCCAGAUUGCCUAUGACCAGAGAACCCUCCAAAGUGUAUGAAUACAAAGUGUUUGAACAGGACUACAGUGUUCCCUCCCGCUCCUACAUCGACCACCUCACAACCUACAUUCCUCCACGACUGCCCAUUGAGAAGCCAGAGUUGUACACCAUCAGUCCCGAGAGUGUGACGCUGACAUGGAAGCGAGCACGAGUACCAGACAAAAUCAGGGACACCUGUAAUCUGUCUUACACAGUCGAGGUGAGGAACCCCCCUAACUUGGACUGGCGUGAGCUGGUCACGGGACUGACCACUACAAACACGGACCUGAAGGGCCUCCAUCCCCGUCUGGACUAUCUGUUUAGGAUCCGUGCCUGGAAUGAGUAUGGCUGCAGUGAGCCAAGUCUCCCUGUGUCAUUACACAGACCUAUUGAGCUGUCAGAUGACUAUGACUCCGGAGAAGACUGGGAUGAACAGUACAGAGUCACACUAGGAGAUCUAGACACACCAAUUGAUGAAGCUCCACCCAAAUUACCCAUGGAGACCCCCAGAAUCACAGACAGUGGAGAGACUGCUAUGUUGUCAUGGUUACCAGCCAGAAUACCAGCCUAUGCCAAGAAAACACCAAUAACUUACAUCAUAGAAAUCAAGGAGCCCCAUGUUCCUGGAUGGUCUAGACUGACCAGUGGAAUCAGCGAUACCAGCUACUUUAUUGAAGGUUUGAGGCCCACACAGGAUUACCAAUUCAGGGUCAAGGCCGAGACCCAGUAUGGAGUUAGUGACCCCACACUCCCAGCAUCACUGGAUAGACCCAAAGAAAAGGGAAGGAGAUUAGAAUUCCUUCCAGAUAUGGAGUAUUAUGAACUUUUUAAGCGAGACUGGAAUACUAACUCAGAUAAGAACAAGAGACCCAGUGUAGAUCUACUAAGGGAGGACAUAGACUUACCAAUAAAGAGAGAACCCACUCCUUCUGGAGUACCCCCUCGGAUCCCCUCCUCACGACCUUUGAUCACUCAGCAGCUUCCAGACAGACUGUCUAUGUCGUGGAUGCCAGCCCGAGUUCCGUCCUAUGUUAAGAACCAGAAGCUGACGUACGUUGUGGAGAUCCGUGAGCCCCCCAGCACGCUGUGGAGGAGUAUUAAGGAGGAUCUCCGGGACACCGAGUACGACGUGUCAGACCUUAACCCUGAUCAGGACUACCUGUUCCGAGUGCGAGCCAGGAACGAGUAUGGUUUGAGUGAGCCCACCAUGCCGGCUUCAGUCAUCAGGAACAAAGAUGACUACGUGCCCCAUGUAUCCAGUCGGUCUGGAUCUUUCGAUAGUGGGAGUCCGUGGAUCAGAUCCAGGGCGUCUUCUGUAGAGAGCCUGAGGAAACAAAAAUCAUUUGACUUCACAGACGAUGAGUCAGACAUCUACAUCAACAGGGAGAAAAAAGCCUGUCCUCCUGAGUUUAAGUCCACAAAUGAGGAUGUACAUUAUGGAGUGGCAGGGACUUCCUGUAAAGUGACCUUGGGGGUCAAAGGUUAUCCCCUGCCCACUACCUCAUGGUUCUUUAUGGGGGCUGAGGUGGAUUAUGGGGACAAUUUCAAAGCUCACAUAUCCCCAAGUGGUAAUGCUACCCUUGAAAUCAUCAAGUUGACCAGAGACCUGAUAGGGGAGUACAAAUGUACUGCUGAGAAUGAACAUGGAACUGCAACAAAGAUCAUCAAGCUGGAACUGGCAGACCAACCCACUGUCCUUGACCCACUUUCGGAUUUGACCUUGGACAGUCACCAGUCUGGAAAGCUUGUCUGUCGAGUGGAUGGUCUGCCUUAUCCCACAGUCAAAUUCCUCAAGGAUUCCCGCCCCCUGACUAGUACCUCCCGUCUGAGGGUCGAUUACGAGCCCCCAGACACCUGGACCUUGACCUUGGACAAGGUCAUCACUACAGACUCGGGAACAUACACCUGUGUAGCUGAAAAUAUGGCAGGAAAGAGCACCUGCUCUGCUAAAAUCACUGUGGAAGAAAAUGAAGAUCACUUAGAUCGGGACCUUAUGGUGAAGCCCCUCCCCUACAGAGAAACUUUUAUGGAGGAUCACUACCACGUAUUAGAGGAAAUAGGAAGAGGCAGACAUGGUAUUGUGCAUCGAGUCUUAGAUAAGUUUACGGGGAGCGAGUACGCUGCUAAGUUUAUUCAUGUUUGUGAUGAGCACCAGAGAAGAUUCUUCAGGACGGAGCUUAACAUCCUGAGAUGGUUAAAUCAGCAGGGUGUACCUAAACUGGUGGACGCCUUCAUCACAGAGAGGAGGAUCGUUAUCAUUACAGAGAUUGUAACUAAUUAUGACAUCAUAGACAGAGUGCUACAGGACCCCACUCCCACAGAAAGUUUGGUGGCCACAAACAUCAAGCAAUUACUCCUUGUCAUUAAGGAGCUUCACAAGGCAUCCAUCCUUCAUCUGGAUAUCAAGCCAUCAAACAUAAGAUUCAGCUCAAACACAAAUCUGACCCUGAUUGACUUUGGAUUUUCGGAGAGACUUCAGCGCAACGAGGAAGUGAAAAAGAAUUACGGCACUGCAGGAUUUUGUUCUCCGGAGCAAGUUCACAAUGAGGCGGUGACCGAAGCUUCUGAUGUGUGGGCUAUAGGAGCCACAGUCUACACAAUGUUGACUGGAUUGCCUCCCUUCCCAGGCUCCACACAACAGGAAGUACUACAGAGCACCAUCCAAUACAGGUGGCAGGAAGUGAACGAUUUGUCACCAGAAGCCAAUGACUUCCUCUCAAAAAUCCUCAUUAGAGAUCCCAAAGAGAGAAUGACUGUUGAUGGCUGUUUGUCUCAUCCCUGGAUUAAGAAUGCAGAGUCCCAGGGUGGAGUGAUCAGUCGUGACAGGCUCUCUGAAUUCCAGACCCAGUACAAACUUAGGUGUACAACAUCAGCCACUAGGGGUCCAGUCAGACUUCAGCCCCUUCUGUCUGUGUUAGAGGGUAAACAGGAGACUGGUAUCCACGUAGACAAGGACUCAGCUACAGGAGAGUUGUCUUUCCCUGAGUCCGGAUUGUACGGAGAGUUCCUGGAUCAGGAGUCCUGGUUUGACUGGCAAUCAAGAUAUUACUAUGGACUUGAUGCUGAUGAGUCAGACACAGAACUGGAAUCAGUUUGUGGUGACCCUAUCUUAAAGAAGGAGAGGGAGUGGCUACAGAUGGCUGCUGAGGAGAAAAAGCAGCUACAGAGGCCCCAGGACUUCUUCCCUAAGGAAGAGGAGGAGGAAGACAACCCCCAGUUUACCAUCAAGUUACAUGACACUUACUACAGGCCCGGAGAUGUGAUCACCCUGUCUUGUCAUGUCACCAGCUCCUCGACCCUCAGCGUGUCCUGGUUCCAGAAUGAGGAGCUCGUCACAGACGGGAAGAGGAUGAAGACGUCUCUGACAGAGGAGGGGAUAGCUACACUGGUCAUCACCUCAGCCAAAGCCUACGACGACGGCAUCUAUAAAUGUACAGCUAGGAACAAGACUGGGAAGUCAUCUACUUAUGCCAGAGUCAUGGUGGGAGAGACACCUCCUCAGCCUGGUCGACCAGUCAUUUCACAGAUAUCAUCAUGUGACGUCCUGUUACUAUGGGAACCUCCAGAGAAUGAUGGGAACUCUGACAUCAUCAGCUACCGAGUGGACUACAGGCAGUCAGGAUCAGACAGGUGGUGUUUAGGAACUUACUCCAUUAAUGAGUGUGCCUUGGUGACUGGACUUAGUCCCAGUACAUCUUACCGAUUCAGAGUCUGUUGUACCAACAAUGUAGGAGACAGUCCAUACAGUGUGUCCUCAGUCCUCAUCACAACCAAACCAAAAGGUUCUGCUGACAUCAGCUUGGACCCAUUCACAAUCUCCCAACUGUCAAGACAACACGAAGGGCUGUCAUUUUACCAGCCUCCAAAGAACAGACUGUCACCCGAGGACAUCAGCUCAAGGGAGAUAACUCUACAGACCACCAAUGUAGAGGACCAGUACAGCUUAUCUAAUGUUCUGUGGAGAGGAAAUUACUCUUCAUCCUAUGUGCUUUCCACAGACAAGACAAAGAAACUUCAUAAUAUCACAAAAAUUACACCAGUUUCUGAUUUACACAAAGACAGACUAUCGAGAGAGCUAGAAAUUCUGCGUACUCUGAGACAUGAGAGAUUUGUUCAGCUGUAUGAUGCCUAUUUAUAUAUGGACAGAUAUUACUGGAUAAUGGAAUACCUGUCUGGAGUCAAUGUUGUAGAACACUUCUCUUAUAAAUCUAAAUACACUGAGGAUAUGGUUGCCAUAGUGAUACGGCAGGUAUUGGAUGGAUUGCAGUUCCUGCAUUACCAUGGUUAUGCUCACCUUAACAUCCAGCCCAGUAGUGUGAUGAUGGUCAGUCGCCGCCGUCUGGACGUCAGAAUUGUUGAUUUUAGCUUGGUUCAGAAGGUCACCAAGGAAGGUCAAGUUGUUCCCAGGGAGGGCAAUCCUGAGUUUAUGGCCCCUGAAGUGGUUGUCAAGGAGAUGACCUCAUACCCUGCAGAUAUUUGGUCUGUUGGAGUUUUAACUUUCUUAUUAUUGAGUGGGGAAUCCCCCUACAAGGGACAAGAUGAGGAGGCCACCUUUACAAAUGUAGCCUACAAUAGAUACAAUGCCCUGAGUUUGUACGAGAACAUCACAAAGGAAGCGCUCAAAUUCAUCUUCCGGGUCCUCAAACGGGUCUCCAGAAAUAGAAUGACUGCCAGUGAAUGUCUAGAUGACAAGUGGCUGCAGACAUCAGAAACAAUGCUGAAAUUCAGAACAGAAGCUGUGUUUUCAUCAGUUAAGCUCCGUAACUAUGUCACUGAAUCCUUCCUGGAAUCCAUCAAAGCUAGUGAGGCAGAACUGACGAGGCUUAGAGAGAAGUUUCUCAUCAGACAAGAGGUCAAGGUCACAAAGAAAGCUAUAAAGGAGGAUUCAAAGAAAACAGAUCAACAUACUGACAGUGGAGUGAACCAAACAAUGAAGAAGGAGGUCAAGGACUCAGAAAUUGAGUCAGAGGUCAAAAGGUCAGAGGUCAAGAAGAGCUCCAGUGUGGAGGACAUCGCAGAUGAGCUUGUUAAUGGUGCAAUGGAUGAGGCUCUUAAGUCAGAGACAUUAACCUGAAGUGAUAUUAAACCAGAAAGGACUUGAUAAGGAAAAUAUUCACCAAAAA